UGCUAAUUGCAUAAAGAGGGGAGCUUUAGCAUUUCCUGUGAGGUUUCUCUGUGUCGCAUGAUUCAACGAGUUAGUUUGAGAAAAGAGAUCAACUAAAGAAUGAAAGCCCCUCUCCGACAUGUCCACAGGAGUCCUGCACAGACAAAGAAGAGGGUUCAAAGUUACUCCACCUUUAUCUACAAAGUUCACAAACAGGUGUGUCCAGCUGCCAUGAGGAGCACAGACUUGUUGGUAAGUCUGCAGCUCGUUCUUCCCAGACUGGUCCUGUUCAGACUGGUGAGCUCCGAAGCUUCUCGACUGUCCAAGAACAACAGACUGAAGGCUGUCACUCUGCAGGAGAUUGAUGCUGCCGUUACAAUUGUACAGAAGAGGCUGAGUUCAAAAGCUGCUGCUUGAAUAACUGGACUUGAGCAAAAUUGAUUUUAAUCUAAUAAAUGUUUAUAAAUUUUG